AUGGAAGCUGUCGAGAAACGCAAGCCGACACUCAAACCUCGUCUUGGUAAAGAGGCUAAAGACAGCACUACAAAGCCACCACAGCCUGCAUCAUCCAGCGAUGCUUUGGCCAUUGCUGAGAAGCCGAAGAAAGAGGACUCAAUUGUAAACGGUACUGAGAGCAACGAUGAUGAUGACUAUCUGGAUUCAUUUCCUCCAGGAUAUCGAUUUUGUCCACUUGAUGAAGAACUCGUUCUUCAUUACUUGAAAAAGAAAGUUAUGAACGAAUCCUUACCUCAGAAUCGGAUCAUGGAAGUUAAUUUAUAUCGUCACAAUCCUGAGAAGCUUGCAGAGCAAUAUAAGCAAUACGGAGAAAAAGAAUGGUAUUUUUUCACUCCUAGAGAUAAGAAGUAUCGAAAUGGAACACGGCCUAAUCGUGCAGCAGGAGAUGGGUAUUGGAAGGCCACAGGUGCUGACAGGGAGGUCAAAUUUAAAGGCCAUAUAGUUGGAUACAGAAAGGCAUUGGUUUUUUACAGAGGAAAACCUCCCAAAGGUGAUAAGACUAAUUGGAUUAUGCAUGAAUAUAGAGUCAACGGUCCACCUCAAUGCAAAAGGGUUUACAAUGACAUGAGGCUAGAUGAUUGGGUUUUAUGUAGGAUUUACAAGAAAGUUGAUAAAUCAAUUAGAACGAAAUCUAAAGAUGAGGAUCGAUCUCCAUUGAUUCACCAUGAAGAUACAAAUGAGUUAAUGACUUUGGAUUUCGAUUAUAAUAGUGUUGCUGAUUCGAUGGAUUAUUCCAACACUAUUGGCAGUUUUGUGCACCAAUCUUUACCCGAUGGAUCUUUUACUAAUUUUCAACAUACAGAUGGUGAUCAGUUUUCGGCGUCCAUGAAUCUUAGUUAUGGGACUUCUUCAAAGCUGGUUGAUUCACAUCCUUUGAGGUCUCUUCCACUGAAAAAUUCAAAUGAUGGAGGAGGACAAGAUGAUAUUUGGAGUGUUGCAAAUCUUGAUUUUGCUUCACAAUUAGAUUUUUAUGGUGUUACUUACGUUGAAUCGUUGAUAAAUUUAGAUAAUAUUUUGUCGGUUGAUACUCCGAAUAAGUCUUCGGUGCAUCCAAGAAUGAAUGGAAGAGGUUGA